AUGGCGACAACAGCGAAUAGUGCACUGUUGCGGGCAUGGCUGGAGAAAUUGAGGGGGGAGGGGAAAUUAAGUGGUACUGCUGAGGAAAUUACAACGAAAUUGAAGAAGAAUUUGGAGGAGGAAUGGAAUAAAUUGAUGGAGUCUCUGAAGCACCCGGGUUCCAAGGAAAUAUCUGAUCUGUGUACGGAUGCGAAGGACCUUGUGAGUGAAGGGGAACUUGGGAAGGACCACUAUCUGCAGAAUUUAUGUAAAGGAAUUGCUGAAAUAAAGUAUUUCAUGAGUGGUGUGGAGACAAAGAGACGGGGGGGUCGUGGGGGUGCCGAGGAUGAUUCACCGAAUGUUACGGAACUCACCAAUGAUAAAGCUUAUGCACGCUGUAUUGUCGGAACAGUCGCUUUCAGCGAACUAUACGGUGACCAUUGCCAAGUGGAAGGAAUCAUAAAGCAGAUAUCGUCCCACGUGGAUGGCAAAUUGAAGUACCACUUGAGCACGAAUGGACAGAACCCUGAAGAGCAGUUGAAGAAAUGUGGAAACAUUGAUCGCAUUGCUCUAAUCUUCGGAAGAGCGGUUCUUGGCGAUUCCAUUAAAACAUGGGCAAAAGAGGAAAGAGGAAAGGGGACAAGGGUGGGGAGCGCGGGGAGGGUGGGGUAUGUGUGGGGGCUGCGGGGAAAUGUCUGUAAGGAGCACAUGAAAGGGGACCAGACAAAACUGCAACAACAGAAGGAAAUGAAUAAAGAAAUUCUAACGGAGUUUUCCGGAAUGGACAAAACAAACAAUGAAUUAAUGAAAGAAUUAAUAAGUGACGAGGUGCCUUUAACAUUCGAAGAUUUAAAGACGUCACUGCAGCAAUCCCUAGAAAGUGGUGAUGGUACUGCUGGUCCCACACCUAACAUAGGCACCUUAAUGGAAAAAGUAGGAGAGACAGCCCAAAAGAAUGAAGGUUUGGAGUGUCUAGAUAGUGCGACCUUAUGUGAGCGUGCACAGUGUGUAUCUGAGCAAUGGGUGAAACGGAAAAAUGGCGUGGGCGGGACAACCCGUACUUGGGAUGAUUUAUGGAAAGAGAAUGAUGGUGUAUGGAAGGAAUUAAAGGAACUCUCUGGAGGAAUGAAAAAUAAUAAGGACAGUGUAGGCAGCCACUGCGAUGACCUUCAGAAGGAAGAAGAGAAGGAAGUAUGCCAACUUAUUGCUUCAGGAUUAAAGAGUAUUUAUGAAAUUAAGGCAGGUCAAAAUGGACAGGGUAAGAGUACGAAGAAAGAUUUGGAAGAGCAGUUAUUUAAACGUACCAUGCGUUGUGUUUUAUUAAAUGCUUUUGCUGAUAAAUUAGAAGCACUUCCAUGUGCAGAUGAAAAGAAAGUAAAGGACGCUAUAGAUAAAGUGUUUAAUGAUAAAAAUAAUGAUAUUAAGAACACUUCUCCCUGCAACAGUGAUGGUGAUAAAUGUUUUACGUGUGAGAGGUAUAACGAUCUCGCAACUUGCAAGGUGAACAGUAACAAUGACCAAGUAAAGACGAAGGUAGAUGGGCUCAUCAACGUUGAUCCCAAUUUAAAGGACCAAACUAUGGAGAAGAGCAUAUGUAAACCAUGUACGGGCGAUGGGAGAAGCUUCUGUGAUCAGUUGAUGUGCGUAGCGGAGAAAUGGAAGGAUAGUGCAAGAAAGGCAGACUCCAGUGGGAUGAUUAAUGACACUGCUUGGAACUUAACGAGGCUCCUACAUGCCAUGAAGACAAACCAAGAGAAUUUUGCCACCCACUGUGACCAAGACACCAAUGACAAAACAUGGAGUGAUGACGCCCAUGACGUCGCAAACAAAACUGCCUGCAAGCUUGUUGCAGCAGGGCUGGAACAUAUAUCUAAAAUUCAGCAUAAAUAUAGCACGGAGACGGGGUCACCUGAAAAAAAUGAAAACCCCUAUGAUAACCAAGAGUUUAGGCAAUUCGCUUCUUGCUUAUGGUUAAAGAGGCUCGUUCAAGAAAUGAGAAAAAGGAGUAUAAUUUGCAACAUAGACGAAGGAAUUAAGGUUGCUUUCACAAAGGCACAACAAAUUGCAGAAACUAAUUGUACGAACGGCAGACCUUGCACAAUUUGCAACUGGAAGGACGAAGACUAUGACAAUCUUAAGGAUUGCCCCAAUGGCAAUGUCAAAAAUAAAGAAGUACAGCCUAAAUUGGAAGAAUUACUCACCAAUACGACAAAUAAGCCCAACGUCGAUUCCAUCCUCCAGGAAUUACUCAAAACGGACAAACAUGGUACCCUCUGCCAGCGCUUACAAUGUUUAGCAUCAAAAGUAGAAGCACAAGUACAAGCACAUAAGGGAGGAAGUCAAGCGGACAAAUUCUGGACAAAGGAUGGCGACGUUGGCAAACUAUGGAAAGAACUGUCCGGGGAAAUGACGAAGAAUGUCAAUUCCAACGGAGAUUGUGAUCAAAUGUAUGAUGGCAGAACACCCACCAACCCUGAAAAGAAGGCAUGCCAACAUCUGUCAGCAGGUUUCACCAAACUAAAACAGGAUCCACCUUCCAACGGCAGUAGCUACACCAUUCUGAAGAACUCAUCGUUGAGACAGACAGUGGGUUGUUUAUUACUUCACGCUUAUGCAAAGAAAAUGAAAAGCGACUCAAAAUGUGUCAUUGAUUCUGGUUUAAAGAAGGCUUUUGACACUGCUGGUAAAAGUUUAAAAGGAGUGGAAUGCAAAUGGGAUGAUAAGGACUAUGACAACUGCACAAUUACCACAAUUACCACAACUAACACAACUGACACAACUGGCACAUCUGGCACAUCUGGCGAAAUCACCCAAAUGAAUGUAACGGACAAAUUAGAACAAGUUAAGGACAAAAUUACCGAAACCUCCACUGAGAACCUACCGAAAAUAAAUGAAAUGACCACUCUAUGCGAUUUCAUUAGAUGUGCCGGACCCAAAUGGUUCAAAAACAAAAAAGAGAUUAAUGCUAGCCCUACGCAUACUUGGUGUGACUUUUGGGAUAAGACUGUUAAGAAAACAUUGGAGGAGAUGUUCAAGAAAAUCGAGAAGAAUGGAAAGGACCAGUCCAAGACACUCACUAUUGCCACAACAUGCAAACCAUUUGGUGAUGGUAAUGAACAUAGUGUUGAAAGGAAAGCGUGUUAUCAUAUCGCGGAGGGAUUACAAUACAUAAAAGACAAAAUAAGUAAUGGUCAAGACAAGCAACUGCUCGAACGAGCAGUUGCUUGUAUUGCUCUUAAUAUGUACGCUGAUAACAUAAAAGAAAAGUCAAAAGAUUCAUGUCCUAUUGAUGAAUCUAAAAUAGAAAGAAUGUUUGAUUUUUGGAAUGCAAUUAAUAGUACUUCGUGUUCGACCUCUGGUGGUAAUGAUUGUUUUAAGUGUGAAAGGAAUAAAAAAAGUUAUGAGGGUUGCCAGCUGAGCGUCGCAGACGCUCUGGUGGCAACAUCACAAUCAAAUUGCAAUACUAACGCAACUGAUGUGAAGACUAAAAUGGAAGGUCUCCUCUUCAAGAACGAAGACAAAUCCAACACCAACUCCAUUAAAUCCAACAUAGGGACCACCUUAACUACUAUCACCGAAAUGACCUCUUCUUUCUGUACUCAAGUCCAAUGUGCAGCAAAAAAAUACUACGUAAAUGUCAUAAACAGAAGUGCAAAAAGCAGCGAUGUGAACUGGAGCGACAUAAACAAAGACGCCGAAGGCGUCUUAACGAAACUUCUAGAACAAAUGAUGCAGUCUAAAAAUCAGGUUGAAGUUAACCAAUACUGCAAAGACAACGAAGAUGAAUGGAAUAAAAUUGGCCAUAAGGAAGGCAAAACAAAUAAAGCAGCUUGUUUGCUUUUUGCUUCAGGAUUGCAACACAUUUAUACCCAUGGUAAUGACCAAAAGAAGGGCCCAUCGUUUGGACAAACGAUGGGUUGUUUAUUUCUUAAAGAAUAUGCAAAACAAUUAAAAGAUUUGGCAAAUAAGAAGAAACAAGGAAAUAGUUGGGUACAUCCUCUUUGUGACAUAGAUUCGGGCAUAAACUACGCUUUUGAAAAAAGUAAUGCCAUUAUGAAUGACACACCUCCAUGCAAUAAUGGUCCUAAUUCUUGUUUUGAAUGCAAAUGGGAAAAUAACGAUUAUGAUAAAUGCAACAUUGGCACUGACAAUGUAAAGACCAACGUGAAACCAUUACUCCAAUCGAAAGAAACCCAUAUGCAAGAAACAUUAGAGAAUACAGUUUGUCCCAUCCUUCUUACGGAUCUCCUUACCCCUUUUCUUCCUUUGGCUCCUGUCUCUAUUGGCCUUUCUGCUAUGGCUUAUUACCUUUGGAAGUAUUUUGGUCCUCUUGGUAAAGGAGGAGCACGUUUCAGAAGAUCUCCUGCUGAAAUACGCGGUCCAUCGGUACAGGAACAGCUCCUUGACCAUGUGGAAGAAGCCGGUUCACAUGAAUAUCGAUUGGUGAAAGAACGAAAACCUCGUUCUGCUCCAACGAGAACGAAACGUUCUGGUCCCGUGAAUCGUCGAACGAUUAUUGAAAUUCAUUUUGAAGUGUUGGACGAAUGUCAAAAAGGGGACACACAAUUGAACCAGAAGGAUUUUCUGGAACUUUUGGUUCAAGAAUUCAUGGGAUCCGAAUUAAUGGAAGAAGAACAGGUUCCUAAGGAAGAAGUUCUUAUGGAAGGUGUUCCAAUGGAACUUGUUCCCAUUGAAGAGGUUCCAAGUUUAGGUUCCGGGUUUAUGGUUUAA